AGCAGUCCUCCCACAAUGCACGGCGGGGCUGUCAUGGCGUCGAUGGAGAUGCAUUGUUGAGGCAACUCCGAAAACGCUGGAGUCUGCGGGCCAGCGAUAGUCAUGGCGACGAUCUUCGGCCGGACCUGGCUUGCCUGGAGCCUCGGAAACCUGGGCCGGCGGAGUUAUAAAGCAGGUGCCUUUCUGCAAAAUGACUGGCUUCACAGAGUCGCCCUUUUACCAGGCAGCUACUAUGGAAGCAACUCUGCUCUGGGAGAAAUCUUAGGUGUCAGAAAACCAAAGACUGAGAAUGUCAUUGGGCAAUAUCCUCCUGCUAUUUCCACCAGUAAAGUCGAGCAGGAGAACCUCCUCCUCCACCAGCCAGACCAGCCGACAAACCCACAAGUGCUGAGAGUGGCAAUUAUCGGGGCCCCGAAUGCUGGUAAAUCCACGCUGUCAAAUCAGCUUCUAGGCAGAAAGGUCUUUCCAGUUUCAUGCAAAGUCCAUACGACACGGUGCAGAGCUCAGGGAAUCAUCACAGAUGGAGAGACACAGAUAAUUCUCCUCGACACUCCUGGAUUCAUUUCUCCCAUCAAAAAGAAAAGGCACAAUUUAGAAAACUCACUGUUAGAAGACCCCUGGCAAUCGGUGAAAGCAGCAGACCUGGUCCUUGUUUUGGUUGAUGUGUCUGACCACUGGACUCGUGGCAAGCUCCACACCGAAGUGCUGAAAUGCCUGUCACAGUAUUCACAGAUCCCAGCAGUUCUCGCCCUGAAUAAGGUGGACCUGUUAAAGAAUAAAGGCCUCCUCCUGGAAUUGACCAUCAGGCUGACGGAAGGCGUAGUGAACAACAGGAGACUGGAGGUAAAGUCACAGUUCAGCGCGCAGCCACAGCCUCGGGUGCUCACCAGCUUGCCGUCCGGGCAAGGCAGGACUGGAAAUGUUAAUGGUGAAGCAGAAGGCGUGCCAGUCAAAGAGGCUGGAACCCAGGAAAGCACGUCUGAUAUGUUCAAGGAAAUCCCCAGCACUCACCCGCAGGGAGGUUUACAUCAAGCACAACUACCUGGUGACUGUGUUUCUGCCAGAGACAAUUGGUCAGAAGGAAUAGAGGCUGCUCAGGAGCAGGGAUCUGCUCCAGAGAACAUCCCUGAGGACGGGAAAUAUUGGCAGGGAUGGCCUCACUUCAAGGAGGUGUUCAUGCUUUCAGCAGUCAAUGGCGAGGAAGUGGAGACGCUACGGAGUUACCUGUUGUCAAAGGCUCAGCCAGGAUCGUGGGAUUAUCACAGUGAUGUCCUCACUGACCAGUCGCCGCAGGAGAUAUGCUGUAAUCUGAUUCGGGAGCAGUUAUUGGAGCACCUGCCUCAGGAGGUGCCGUACAACAUCACACAGGACACGGAGAUGUGGGAAGAAGGACCAAGUGGGGAACUCCGAAUUCUACAGAACCUUACUGUUGUUAAGAAGAAUCAUGCUAAAUUGGUGAUUGGCCAUGGAGGUCAGCUGAUUCGUAAAAUUGCCCAAGAUGUGCGGCUGAACCUGAUGAACAUCUUUCUUUGUGAUGUACAAUUAAAACUUUGUGUGAAAAUCAAGAAGUGAGUCCACUACGCCCGAAGCCUCCCCAACCAUGCCGAAUCAGUGGAUGCAACAAGCAAGCUAUGUUGAUAGCCUAAAGUGACCUGUAUGUAGCCCAACCUCAGGACUCCUGUGGGAAAGCCAGGCUUUUUGUGGCUGAAGUUUAAAAAGUUGGUAGUUUGCCAGGAAUGUGAGCGGAUUAUUUUUCCAGCAUGGGGUUUAAUUUAAAUAUUCUCCCAUGCAAUCAGUUCCUACCACUGAACUCCUUGACAGGUGGGCUGGGGUUGAUGUUCAGUGAGUUUUUAUUGCAUCCCCCUUGGUGAGGUAACAGCUAAACACAGCAUUUUUUCAUACGUGGGCAUUAGUGGCAAGGCCAGUGUUUACUACCAACUGCACAUCCAUCAAAUUGGUCGCUGAACCACUUCAGAAGCAGUUCAAAUUUGACCAUAUUAUUGCGAGACCGCGGUCACAUAUGGCCCAUACCUGAUGAGAUCAGCAGGUUUCCUUCUGCAAAGGGCAACUUUGAUCCAAGUGGGUUUCUGCGACUAUUAACAGUUUCACAAUCCCUUUUUAUUGGCAAUAACAGCAGCACAGCACCAGAUAUUUAAACUAGUGCUCACAGUGGGAUUUGAACCCCUCUACCAUAGAGUUAGAGCCCAGUGAUGCGGCAUAAGCAUGCUGUAAACUUGUGUAUUUGCUUCGAGACAUCCCAAUGCUCAUCACUUACCCGUGAGGCAGGAGUCCUGGCACUAACCUCAGCCACCAAACAUCCCACAACUGCAAUCUCUGUAAGUGGUCAGAUGGCCAGGGUGUUAGCAUGGAUUAUAGCCGUGAUUAACCCCUAAUGAGGUAAUCGGAAAUCUUGUUUUCAUCCUUUUCUGUGUUGGCUGCUCUCUGAGCAGUUGGGUCAUUUGUUUAUCUAACAUUAUGAAAUGUCAGAAUGCAAAUUAAAUUAAAAAAAUAUGAAGCCGUU